AAAAUUGUGUUCUUAACAUCUCCGGAAGUGGAUAAAUCAAGCAUGGCGACCAAAACAUUGCAAGACGAAGUGUGCAAACUUGCAUAUGAUGGAAAUUUCCAUUUACUGCAACAAAAACUGCAAAAAAAUGAAAGUUUGUGCUCUCAGUAUGACACUAGCCAGAGAAUGCCACUCCACUGGGCUGCAUCAGGUGGACAUACAGAGGUAGCAGACUACCUGUUAAGAAUUGGUGCUCCAGUUGAUGCCAGAGAUGAAUCAGAUUGGACACCUCUGAUGAUAGCAGUUUCAGCUGGCAGAAUGGAGAUAGUGUCUAACCUCAUUAGCAGAGGUGCCCUAGUGAAUGCAGUCAACAGGACUGGACAGUGCAUUCUGCAUUACGCAGCAUCAAAGGAUCAUACCGAGAUAGCAGAACUCCUGUUAAACCAUGGCGCAGACGUCACUGUGGGGGACAAAAUGGGCAGCACCCCCUUGCACAGAGCUGCAUCUAAAGGACAUCUUCAGAUGACAAAGUUGCUCCUGCAGCAUGAGGCAGAUCCCAACAGAUCUGACUCGGAGGGAAACACUCCGCUUCAUCUAGUGUGUGAGGAGGAGAGGGUUCGAACCGGAAAGCUCCUGGUGGAGUAUGGAGCCAGACUGGACAUUCAGAACAAGAACCAGAAGACUCCCCUGGACCUGGCCCCUCCUGGCAUGCAGCGGUCACUCAAACACUCACUUGACAGGUGAAUGACGCCUGUCACUCAAUCUCAUCUUCAUCAUCACAUUGUUGUUUUGAACGUUACAGAUGUACAUUAUGCAUGAAUAAAGUUCAUACCUUAUG